AUGACGGUUGAUACCGAGCCACAAGAACCCGAGUCGACAGCCAUGAGGUUUGAAGUAGUGUCUUCGGCUCUCAAGGAGGGCACAGCAGCUGCUGCCAGAGUCGGUCGUCUGGCUCUUCCGGGACGUCGUCCCAUCGACACUCCAAACUUCAUCGCCGUCACUUCACGCGGCACUCUGCCUCAUGUCACCCCUGACAAUAUCAGCAAGCACCUGCAAGUGAGCGGUGCAUACUUUUCUCUCGAAGACUUUGUCGAAAAGUCCCAGCAAAACCUCUCCCGCCCACCACCCAUCUUCAGCGCCCCGACCAGCACCAACCACCCCACCCCCUUAUACAGCUUCACCGGCACCCCCUCCCACAUAACCACCAUCCUCGCCGCCCGCCGCCUCCCCGCCGUCCCCUCCCCGAUAGGCAACUCCACUAAAUCCAUCUCCGUCUUCACCAACACUGGCUUCCAAAACCUCUCCACAACCGACUACCUCUCCGCCGCCUCCACCCUCGAACCAGACAUCACCAUCCCCCUAGCCGACCUAACCAACAACUCCCCCCCAGGCACCUCCCCAACAAGCAAACGAGCCCUCCGCAUGGCCGAGCGCACGGACGAGUGGAUAGCAGACUGGUUCUCCUCCCCCCUCUCCACCUCCACAUCAACCUUCGCCCCAGUCCUGCCAAUCCCCUACCCAAUCCAGUGGGAAUACCUCUCCCGCCUGGCAGAAGACUACAUCCCCUCGUCCCAACUCUCCGGGUUGGCAGUCCACGACCCGGAUAUCAUCCCCGAUCUUGCCACUCACCAACCCUCCCUCUUGUCCCUCCCCCUUUUGUCGCUUUCCAACCCGAGCAACCCCCACCUCAUCCUCCGUCACAUAGCCCUCGGAACAGACCUCUUCGCCCUCCCGUUGAUAAACGCCGUAUCCGACGCUGGUUUAGCCCUAAACUUCACCUUCCCCGCCCCUCCCUCUCCUGGGAGCCCCCCCCUUCCAUUGGCAGUCGACCUCUCCCUCCCCUCUUUCAGCACAUCCGUCACCCCCCUCUCCGAGUCCUGCACCUGCUACGCCUGCAAAAGCCACCACAAAUCCUACAUCCACCACCUCCUCCAAGCACGCGAGAUGCUAGGCUGGACACUCCUCCAAAUUCACAACCACGCGACCAUGUCCGCCUUUUUCGGCGGGAUCCAGCGGUCGAUCAAGGAUGCCACCUUUGAAGACGAGAGGUUGAGUUUCAGCAGGGUGUACGACAGCGAGAUGCCCGCGGGGGUGGGGGAGAGGCCGAGGAUGAGGGGGUACCAGUAUAAGAGUCAAGGAGGGGAGGAGAAUGCCGGAAAAAAGAAGAAUAAGCCUGCAUGGCAAAAGGAACUGGCGGUUGAGGAUGACAAGGUUGAGGUACCGGAGACAGAUGGAGGGAGGGUAUUACAGGAGAAGGGGGUUGGGGAGGUGGUAAAGGGGUCAGGUAGAUGAAGCGAAAUAGACCUGGAGAUGGGAAGAAAAAAGAAUAAUAAAUAAAAAAUAAAUAAAAAUAUAAAAAACAA